GACGCGGCGGCGGUGGCGGAGGCGAAGCUGGUGCCCAACUACUACGCCAAGACGUGCCCGCGCGCGGAGCGGAUCGUCACGGACGUGGUGUCGCAGAAGCAGCUGUCGCACCCGACCACCGCCGCGGGGGUGCUCCGCGUCUUCUUCCACGACUGCUUCGUCAGCGGCUGCGACGCGUCCGUGCUGGUGGCCCCCAGCUCGUUCGCCCGCUCUGAGCGCGACGCCGCGCAGAGCCGGUCGCUCCCGGGGGACGCCUUCGAGGCCGUGACGCGCGCCAAGACGGCGCUAGAGCUCGAGUGCCCCGGCGUCGUGUCCUGCGCCGACGUGCUCGCCAUCGCGGCCCGUGACCUCGUCGCCAUGAUGGGGGGGCCCUCCUACCCGCUCCGCCUGGGCCGCAAGGACGCGCUCGCCUCGUCCCCCGCCGCGCCCGACGCCGAGCUGCCCCUCGCCAACUCCACCGUGCCCCGCCUCAUCGCCAUGUUCGCCGCCAAGGGGUUCACGGCCCAGGAGCUCGUCGCGCUCUCCGGCGCGCACACGCUGGGGUUCGCGCACUGCAGCGAGUUCGCCGACCGCAUCUUCCGCCGGGCCAAGGGCGGCGGCGCGGCCGCGCCACCGCACGACCCGACCAUGAACCCGUCGUACGCCAAGGGGCUGCAGGACGCGUGCAGGAACUACCAGCGGGACCCGACCAUCGCGGUGUUCAACGACGUCAUGACGCCCGGCAAGUUCGACAACAUGUACUUCGUCAACCUCCAGCGCGGCCUGGGCCUGCUCAGCACGGACCAGGCGCUGUGGACCGACCCCCGGACGCGGCCGAUCGUGCAGCGCUACGCCGCCAACCAGACGGCCUUCUUCGCCGACUUCGCGCGCGCCAUCGUGAAGCUCGGCGUGCAGGGCGUCAAGAUGGGACGGGACGGGGAGGUCCGCCGGCGAUGCGACAUGUUCAACGGCAACCCCGCUCCUCUGGGGCCUUAG